AUGGCUUCAAAGCGCAAAGCGUCAGCCAUGGCGGCGACCGUGGAUGACGAGCCUGUUGACCCGUCAGACGAGUUGGCCUUCUAUUGCUUAGGAGGCGGCAAUGAGGUCGGGCGCUCAUGUCACAUCAUUCAAUAUAAGGGAAAGACCGUCAUGCUGGACGCUGGUAUGCACCCCGCGAAAGAGGGGUUCGCAGCUCUGCCCUUUUUCGAUGAGUUCGAUUUGAGUACGGUGGAUAUACUCCUUCUCAGCCAUUUCCACGUCGAUCACUCAUCUGCUCUCCCAUACGUGCUCAGCAAGACCAAUUUCAAAGGUCGAGUUUUGACGACACACGCUACGAAAGCCAUCUAUAAAUGGCUGAUCCAAGAUAAUGUCCGAGUUAGCAACACCGCAUCUUCAUCUGACCAGCGGACAACUCUCUACACCGAACACGACCACCUUUCUACCCUUCCUCUUAUUGAAACAGUCGACUUUUAUACCACCCAUACUAUCAACAGCAUCCGAAUCACUCCGUAUCCUGCUGGGCACGUUCUGGGGGCGGCCAUGUUCCUUGUUUCCAUCGCAGGGCUGAAUAUCCUCUUUACGGGCGACUAUUCUAGAGAGGAGGAUCGGCAUUUGAUCCCUGCCGAGGUACCAAGAGGCGUCAAGAUUGAUGUCCUCAUCACCGAAUCCACAUUUGGUAUUUCGUCGAACCCUCCUCGGUUAGAACGAGAAGCCGCUCUCAUGAAGUCCAUCACGGGAGUUCUUAAUCGCGGCGGUCGCGUUUUGAUGCCAGUUUUCGCCUUGGGCCGAGCUCAGGAACUCCUUUUAAUUCUGGAUGAAUACUGGGAGCGACAUCCCGAAUACCAAAAGGCACCCAUAUACUACAUUGGUAACAUGGCUCGCCGUUGCAUGGUUGUCUACCAGACCUAUAUCGGAGCCAUGAAUGACAAUAUCAAGCGGCUUUUCCGCCAACGAAUGGCCGAAGCCGAGGCUAGCGGUAGCAAGAACGUCAGUGCAGGCCCUUGGGACUUUAAGUUUGUGCGAAGCUUGAGAAGCCUGGAACGAUUCGACGAUGUGGGCGGUUGUGUGAUACUCGCUUCGCCCGGUAUGCUUCAAACUGGCACCAGUCGAGAGCUUUUGGAACGAUGGGCACCAAGCGAACGGAACGGCGUGGUUAUGACGGGAUACAGCGUGGAGGGAACAAUGGCCAAGCAAUUGCUCAACGAGCCAGAGCAAAUCCCAGCUACAAUGUCCAAGGGCUCAGGCGGUCCCGGCAGCCGUGCAAAUCCCGACGAAGACCAAAAGGUUAUGAUUCCUCGGCGCUGCACUAUCGAUGAAGUCAGUUUUGCUGCCCAUGUGGAUGGUGUGGAGAAUCGGAACUUCAUCGAGGAAGUCGGGGCACCUGUUGUGAUUCUCGUCCACGGGGAGAAGCAUCAGAUGAUGCGCUUAAAGUCGAAACUGCUCAGUUUGAACGCCGAAAAGACAGUCAAGGUAAAGGUCUACACGCCGGCCAACUGCGAUGAGAUUCGUAUCCCUUUCAAGAAAGACAAGAUCGCCAAGGUUGUUGGCAAGCUUGCCGAAGAAACUCAGCCAACAGACUUGGAUGAGAGUGAGCUCAUGGCUGGCGUGCUCGUCCAAAACGGCUUUGAUCUGUCUUUGAUGGCACCGGCUGACUUACGAGAAUAUGCCGGCCUCACGACGACGACAAUCACUUGCAGACAGCACUUGACCUUGAACUCUGCCACCAUGGACUUGAUCAAAUGGGCUCUCGAAAGCUCGUUUGGCGCUAUCGAACAGUUUGGUUCUAGCGCGAAGGAAUCUAAGAAAGAGAACGGGACAAAUGGCAAGUUAUUAGAAGAAGCAGACGAAGAGAUCGAAUAUGCCGAAAAUGAAGCAUACUUGGUUAUGGGCAGCGUGGUCGUUAGAUACAUGGCUCGUACGCGCGAAGUUGAACUGGAAUGGGAGGGCAACAUGAUGAAUGACGGGGUUGCCGAUGCAGUCAUGGCAGUGCUCUUGACCGUGGAGAGCAGCCCUGCAUCAGUGAAACAAUCGUGCAAACAUCACCACCAUGAUCACUCCCACGAUGACAGCCAGGUUGAAUCGACGCAUAGGAAUUUCAACCCCCACGAACGGUUCGCCCAGCUUCUUAUGAUCCUUGAAGCCCAAUUCGGCGAGACCGUCACCCCUAUUGAACGCCCACGAGUAAGCACCCAAGCUGCUGCAAAUGACUCUGCCACAGAGCCAGCCGCUACAGAAGCAGAAGAAGAGCCGCUAUCCGAAGACGAACGCGUCAAAGCCGAGGCCGCCGAGCUUGCACGUUUACACGCACUCGGCAUUCCCUUCCCCGGCGUCGAAAUCAAAGUCGACACCCAUGUUGCGCGCGUAUACCUAGAAGACCUCGAGGUCGAAUGCGGCAAUGCAGUACUGCGGGAUCGCAUCCGCGUCGUGCUAGAGCGCGCCGUGGAGACUGUUGCGAGCAUGUGGACUCAAGAGAUCAGUAGUAGGAGUGGCCACACACAUGCGAACGGGAUUGCAUACGACCAAGAUAAGCUGCUGGAAAAGAAAUUGGCUAUGAUUGAGGCGUAA